AUGUAUAUUAGUGUUAUGCUGUUAGUGAUUUUACUUUCGUUAGUGAUUGCCCUCACUAUAUUUCACUAUGGAACGAACGGAAGAAAGUAUUGGUACUUCAAAAAAGUUCCGUAUAGAGAACCUUGUCCUAUAUUUGGAAAUUUUGGUGCGACACUAACAAUGCGACGAAGUUAUACAAAAAUGCUACAGUUUUUUUAUAACCAAUUUCGAGAUGAAAAAUAUGUUGGUAUCUUUCAAGCGAGAAGACCAGCUUUAUUCUUGAUAGAUGUAGACUUAGUGAAGGCAGUACUUUCAAAGGAAUUUCCAAAUUUUAGUGAUCGAAUAUCCGUCUCGACGGAUACUCGACGAGAACCGCUUUUGCGGAAUGUAGCGAACAUGAGUGGUCCUGAAUGGCAGAAAAUGCGGCACAUUGUCACACCUACAUUUUCUUCGGCUAAAAUGAAAGCUAUGUUUCCUCUAAUUGCAGAUUGUGCAAAAACAUUAAAAGCUGCUCUAGAUAUUGAGUCGUUUGAAGAUGUUGAGGUUCCGAAGCUAAUGAGCCGCUUCACAACGGAUAUUAUUGGAAGCUGCGCGUUCGGAGUUGAUCCUGGCUCUCUCAGAGAUAGCCAGUCACCAUUUUUAAUUAUGUCUCAAAAAAUGUUCAAAACCGACCGUACAACGAUUUUGAAACGCUAUUGUCGUACGUUUUUCCCACGAUUAUUUAAGUUAUUAAAUCUCAAAACUUACUCAUCGGACGUAGAGAUAUUUUUUACUAACAUAAUCAAACGAGUGCUGACGGAAAGACGAAGAACUGGUGCACAGAGAAGUGAUUUUCUUCAACUUAUGUUAAACGUGCAAAAAACGGAAACAGGAUUUCCUAUGACCGAUGAAUUAAUAAUAUCAAAUUCUUUUAUAUUUAUGCUAGCCGGCUUGGAAACGUCGGCGACUACUUUAUCGUUUUGCUUGUACGAAUUGGCGAAGGAUGUAGAUUUACAAAACAAUCUAAGAGAUGAAAUAGUUGCGUGCAUAGAUCGUUAUAACGGACUAAAUUAUGACGCUGUUUGCGCUAUGCGUUUAGUGACUCAAACGUAUUUAGAAACUCUAAGAAUGCAUCCACCGACGCCACUCACUACUCGAUUAUGUACAGCCCCUUGCCUACUGCCAGGUACGGAUUUGCAGAUGAAAGUUCGAGAUGCAGUUCUAAUCCCUAUAUCGUGUAUUCAAAGGGAUCCGAAGUACUUUCCAAAUCCAGAUAAAUUUGAUCCGGAACGUUUUCAAGAUGAUUUGAAUCCGAUUGGCUUUUUUGCUUUCGGCGACGGUCCUAGAAGUUGUCCAGGUGGUCGGUUCGCCCAAUUGAUGGUAUCAGCUGGACUGGCAACAAUUCUACAAAAUUUUUGUGUUGAACCGUGCGCCAAGACUACGCCAAGCAUUGAAUAUGACUCAAGGAGUGUUAUGUUAAAAAAUAAAGGCAGCAUCUGGCUAAGAUUUAGGCCUCUGUAAUUAUAUCGGGAGAUACUAUUUACGGAAGAGUUUAUAUAAUUGAGAUCUCACGUAUUAGGACAUAUACGAUUAGAAAGCGAUAAGAUAUGAUGUUAAACGCUGUUUAGAAAUCAAAUAGCGAAUGAAGAUUUAGCAAAAUGUGAUGGUGGAAUUUUGCACUUAUAUCGUAGUUAGAACGAUAGUAGAGUUAGAAUUGUUUUCUUCAAUAGUUCUAAUACUCCUCUAGAUUUUUAUGUAUAUACGUCUUAACAUCAUUUUUAUUUAAUUUAGGAGGUGAUUUUUAAAACUAGCCAAGUCCGCUUUUCCAUAGUUCCACCUUCGAUAACAUUUGAAAUGAAACUAAUUAUGUCUAAAACGCCAUUUUCUAAAAUAAAUAAAUAAAUAAUAUAAAUUAUUUUCAAAAAAAUUACAUUAUAUCAGGCUUGGCUUAAAAACUAAAUAGAAAUAAAAAAGAAUUUAAAAUUAAUUACAGUAGUAAAUGUAACUGAAGAAUUCGUUCAAAAAGUCUCAAUAUUAAGAUGAAAAAUUUUGAAAAUUACCUCUUGAAUUCUGGAUAACAGAUGAACGUUGCGCAUUUAUAUUUCGUCAGUAUUACUAAAACAUGAUAAUUUACCAGUUGUGUAGGUAUAAAGAUAAAUCUUAUCGAAAACUUAUAAAACAAUGUUUUUAUUUAAGAUUUUAUCAAGUGAAACGAAUGUUUAUUAUUUACUGUAUUGGUUAUGUAAUAAUUUCGAUAUACGAGAUUUUAUUCUGUAUAGAAUAUAUUCUAUAACUAAUGGUAUUUACGUUAAGAAAAUUAAGAGUAUUUUAAAUUAUUGUUAGGACUGAAUAUGUACCUAAGUAACUAUUAAGAUGUAUUUGUCAAUUAUAUUGAAGUGUGUAUAGUAAACUUGAUAAUAAGAAAAAAUAUAUCUAUCUCAAAUUUC